CAUGAGAGGACCAAUUCCGUGACAUCCAGCCGGGAACGUUACACUCCCACUGCCCACUGGUAUGCAGCGAAAACUCAGCAAACACUUCACAAUACUGGAUGUCGAAAGUUAACUGUGCAAACCUACCAAAGAGGAAGCGAGCGGAGGGGACAAAGUGAGCUGUGUGCGCUCUACAACAACGUCCCUCAUCUAAGCGACGGCAGGAAACACAAUGAAGGUUCACAUACUUUUUCUACUUUUCUCUAUCUGGAGCGCAAAUGCAUUAAUUCGGAUUCCCCUCAGGAAGUUCCAGUCCAUUAGACACACACUGACUGACCUUCUGACCAGAGGGGCGCUAAAGAGUCAACUCAUUGAAAAUAAAGUGGUGAACCAAAGCCCAGUCUAUCGCUUGGGGCCAAUCCCUGAAAAACUCACUAACUACUUAGACGCCCAGUACUAUGGUGAGAUCACCAUCGGAACACCACCUCAGAAAUUUACUGUCAUCUUUGAUACCGGCUCCUCCAACCUUUGGGUCCCCUCCGUCCAUUGCUCCUUCUUUGACAUAGCUUGCUGGUUUCACAGAAAGUAUAAUUCUGGGACCUCCAGCACUUACAAAAGGAAUGAUACAACCUUUUCAAUACAGUACGGGAGCGGAAGCCUCAGUGGAUUCUUAAGCCAGGAUACAGUCACAAUUGGCGACGUACACAUUUUAAACCAGACAUUUGCUGAAGCAGUAAAGCAGCCGGGGUUUGUUUUCGUUGCCGCUCAGUUUGAUGGCAUCCUCGGCUUGGGAUACCCGGGCAUCUCUGUGGACGGCAUCCUGCCUCUGUUCGAUAACAUGAUGCGCCAGAAAUUGGUUGAUAAGAAUGUCUUUUCAUUUUACUUGAAUAGAGAUCCUACUGCUCCGGUUGGAGGUGAACUUGUCUUUGGAGGUACAGACUCUAAGUACUACACAGGGGACUUCCAAUACCUGAAUGUGACCCGCAUGGCUUACUGGCAGAUCAAGACCGAUGAAGUCAGAGUUGGAAGCCAACUGGUCCUCUGCAAAGGCGGCUGCCAGGCCAUAGUGGACACCGGAACAUCAUUGAUAACAGGUCCGGCCGAAGAAAUCAAAGCCCUUCACACGGCCAUUGGAGCUUUCCCACUGUUCAAUGGAGAGUAUAUGGUAGACUGCGACAAAAUAUCAUCUCUACCCACAAUUUCCUUUAUCCUGGGAGGUGUGCAGUACAAUCUGACUGGAGAAGACUAUGUGCUGAAGAUAUCAAAGAUGGGAAAGACCAUGUGCCUUAGUGGCUUCAUGGGAUUGGAUAUUCGACCACCUGCAGGACCUUUUUGGAUCUUGGGGGAUGUCUUCAUUGGCCGGUAUUACACGGUCUUCGACCGAGACAGCAAUCGAGUUGGAUUUGCAAAAGCAUUAUGAGUACCGAAAAAGAACGUAUUGCUUUCUCAGCUAUGCCUUAUCACAACUGUGGAUAGUGAGCAAGAAAUGGAUAUCCAUGCUGGACACAAGAACCGUUACCUGAUGUGUUCCGGCUUGUAGAGGUUGCUGCAAAAAGCUUCUCCUGUUGCAGGACUAAAACGUACUCACUGUUAAAAUGUUCCCCUAGCCACAAAUGAAUCCACGUAUGUUCAAAAGUUAGAAGUCCUUAUAUUCAACAUACAGCAAUUUUUCUUCCUUAAAGGGGUUAUCCAGGAAAAAAAUUAUAUAUAUAUAUAUAUA